UUCACUCACUGGUGUUUUUUUGCUAUUUUUAAUGUCAGAAAUCUGAUAAAUCGUGCAUAUUUUGAAUGCAACAGAUAAAUUGAAGCAAUUAAGUGUUCUAUUAUGGUUGAGUGUAAUUUGAAUAAAGUUAAACGUGCUAUUGCCAACUAAAAUCAAUAGUAAUCAGUGUUCAACAAAAGAGUUGAAAAUGAAUUAUGAAGCUGAAAGAGCCAUGAAUCAGAAGCGGUUGCGAAUGGAGGGUGAACCCGGACACGGCGUUGUUCAGGGGAACGGAUUGCCGCUCAAUUAUAUAGAUAAUGGGCAUCAAAUACCGUACCAGCCGUACGCCGGUGCAUAUAAUACGCACUACCCGCCGCCAGAUGCUUUUGCUGCGUACGGGCCUCCACCGCCCGGGGGCUACGCUCCGCAAAACCUGUCGUAUGCACCACCGGCCCAUCAGAAUUACGCCCACCAUCAGAGCUUUCCACAUCAGCAGCCGACACAGGCACAACUGCAUAUGGCACAAUCUCAUAUGGUUCAGAGUUAUGGUGCUGAUGUUGGAUUACACAAGGCGGCCUGGCCGCACCAACAUCUGCUUCCACCAUUGGACACACAGAAACCUUUGGAGGUGAAGCAACCAAAACAGGAGAUUAAAAUUGAACCAACCGAUUCACACAAGAGAACACACCCCGACAAUGAGAUGAUGUCUGGUGACUUGGAUCAACCAAAGAUCAAAAUUAAAACGGACAUCUUUAAGCCCGAUGACAUAGCACACAGGCCUCCAAUUGACAAAGCCCAUGAUAUUUCUCAUAAACCACUGGAACUACCAAAAGCAGUGGAACCAUCAAAGGUUACAGAGGUCCCAAUAAUUCCCAGACUGGAAGGCCUAGAUAAACCAGCUGAUAAAACUGAUGCUGCAGCAGAUGGUACCCCGAGGCCGGCAGAGCCUCUAAACAAAACUAGCUCUCAAAGUGAGGAUGAUCGCAAACCAUUUAGUAGUCCGGAGAUGUCGACCCCAGGACAGACACCAAACAAAUCUAUGGGCCUAGAGCCGAAAAAGCGUGGUCGUCCUAAAGGUUCGACGAACAAGCCGAAGCCACCCGGCGCACCCGUGCGUCCGCAAAUGGGUACGCCGCGCGGCCCUGCCCCCGUGCCGCGCGCGGCCGCCCCUAUCGGCCGACCCCGCAUGCCCGGAUACCAGUACGCCAUACGACCGUUCCGGAAAGACUUUUCGGGGAUACAGUUUAGAAGGCGGUGGAGCGACGACUGCCUGGACUCGUCCCACAUCCCCAACGAGGUAUACUUCGGCGACGUGCCGGUGCCGCUGUCCGUGCUGUACAACUACUACGACGCGCACGCCGAGCGCGAGCGGCUGGCGGCGCAGGCGGCGCACAUCGCGGCGCAGAAGGCGGCCGCCGCCAAGCUAGCCGCCGCCAAGUUACAGGCGCGCGGCGUGCUCACCUCGGAGGUUACCACAGUGGAUUCCUCGUCAGACGACGAUUCAUCAGGAUCCUCUGGGAGCGGCUCUGACGAUAGCGACGAAGACACCCCGCUGAAGCGCGCUCCCGGGCGGCCGAAGGGGGCGAAGUCCUCGAGUCCUCGCAGCAGCACCAGCACCCCGGGAACUCCGGGGGCGAAGCGCGGCCGCCCGCCGGUCCCGCCCGACCAGCGACAGCCUGGCAUCACAGACAUGAAGAAGUUCUGUAAAGCCGCCGGCAUACGAUUCGACUAUAAGAAGCUCACUGAAGGUUGUGUGAAGAACAAAGAGAGAGUACAGAAAAUGUUAGAUCUCCUAAUAGCUGCCGGGCUGGAGGGACAACCAACAAUGGAAAAAUGCAAAGCAAUAAAACAGGCUAAACUGGACAAGAAAGAGCAAGAAAAGCAAGCGAAAAAAGAAGCUAAAGUAAAGAAGGAAGACAACACGCCGACCGAGGAGGGCGGUUCGCGGCGUAUGACGCGCGGCGCGACGGGCGUGAAGCCGCGUCAGCGCAUCGUCAUAUCCAGCGACGAGGAGGACGGCACGCCCGCCGCGAGACGCACGCUCUCCAAGCUGCGGUCCAGCGUCAACGAUGAAUCCGACUCCGAAUAGGUGACGGCGCGCGGCCCGGCUCGGUGUACGGACAUUUAAUGUGAGACCUCUAGAAAGUGCUUCGACGGAGGUUUAUAAAAUUAUUUGGUCAAGCGUCGCUUGGAGAUUCCUACUAAUUUUAGGUCUACACGUCUAAAUUAGAGAUGUCAUAUAUUAUAUGGUGGUAAUAAGAGAACGGAGUUUGAAAUAUACAUAGAUUUCUUUUAUAAUAUUAUCUAGCGUUGUUUCGUUUCGGGCAGCUCCUUGAAGCAGCACUGGAAGUCCUCGGACUAUAUGUGAUAUGAUAGUGGAGCUGAGUAUUGCAUCUGGGAUGAUUAGUGAUAGAACUGUAGGACUGAAUCCCUCGCUCAUUUUGUACGUAGUGGUAGUAAGCGGCACCGCGCCACGUUCAGUUGUGCCUAACGUUGCCGACAUGCAUGUUACCUAGAGACAUUGAAUGCAGCUGCAGGCAAAAAAUCGAGUUUUAAGAAAUAUUCCGCCUAUCUUAUUAACAAUGUUUAUUAUUUUCAAUGGCACUACUAAAAUAAUUUUUUGAUGUUACUAAAUGAAACUGAACGUAAAAUCUAAAACUUCACGUGCUUUUAUCGCUUAACAUCUAGUGAUACCUUAGGUAUUAGAGUAUAUACUGCGCGCAAGAUCCGUGGAAUCCGCAUUGAGGAGAUGUAGCGACAAUGGUUGUGGCGAUUGAUAUAUUCUCUUACCUGUUCCCUGGUUUCCUGGAACUCGCGCACGGAGUAUAGUUGUAUAGAUAUUUCUAUAACAUGUUCUAAUAACUUUACACUACUGUUUCAUGCCAUUCUAUUGCACCGUAUGCAACUUCCCCGGUACUUCUUAUAACGAUAGUGAGUUCAGAGUAGUUUUAUCUGGGAGUUUCUAUGAGAUUCUUCUAAAAUUAACUUUGAAUGCACUGUACGAUGAAUCAAUAUUCAAGUCUCUAGUUAACGUCAUAUGGUCGCGAAGAAGAUAAGUGUGUGUUUAUUAUUGCAUUAUAAUAUAGCGUAUCGAGUGAGUUUAUGUUGAUAUGUAAACGUGCGAGUAACUAGGCUUAGCGUACACGAAUAACACCAAUAAGUAACAUAGGACUGUACAUAUUAGAGACGCGACGCGUGUACCGUUUAUUUUUGUACAGAUUUUAAAUAAAUUGGUUAUGUAAAUAGCGGCCCGAGCGGACGAGAAUCGGAAAUUUGAUGAUCGAACUGUUAAUUUUACAAUUUAAAAAUCGAAUAUCGCAGGUCAUGGCGUGCAGCAGGCUGUAUUCCGUUCGAAAACAAGAGCCUACAUUACAUUGUGACAAUAAAAACUAAAAAUGUGUAUGUAGAUUGUAUAAAUAUUGAGAAUCUCGAAUAUACUUUUUUUUGGUUCUGCAAUUCUUAUCUUGCCAAUGUUUUUCUAUGAGGCCAUGUCAUUCCAUUUUUACACUUUUGGCAACUUGGCCUAGCGUUCAAAUUCCAAUAUUUUAAAGGGCUGGAAUCGAAUCAAUGAUUCUUCCGCUAUAUUAUAGCAACUUUUUGUGACACGCCGUUGGCAAAAAUAUAUUCUGAUUUCUGUCAAUAGUUGAUAGGAGUUAAAAUCUACCUGCAAAUCUAAAGCUUGAGUACUAAAUCUGGGUAUUCUCUUAGCUCGUUUAUUUAUGUAAAAUUACUUUAUAAAAUCGAUAUUUUAUUGUAUAAACUCUAAAUCCCUUAGUAAAUAAAAAAAUAACACAAUGAAUAAACGAUACAAUGUUUUGCCCUUUUCUGAUUGGAUUUUGGAAAUGUUGUUUGACGUACAAUGUUAUAACAUUGUAUAGGUUAUUCAUAUAUGUAUAUUUUUUAUUAGUAAAGGGUAAUAUUAUACGCAAACGCAACAAGAAUGUAAAAAUAUACUUUAAAUGUUGACAUGUAAGAUGUUAAACGAUUGUCGGGAGAAUUUUCGGCGAAGCUAAUUUUUUAGUUCAAACCACACUUCAUAGUGAAUUAUAUGCGCACGAUUUGUACACAAUUAUCACCUAUCGUCGUUAAUUUAGACUAGUUCGCACUGGAUGUGUCAAGAGCCCCAGAGUAAUCGUAUACAGGGUGUAACAAAAAUAAGUGAUAAUACUUUAG